AUUACCUGGCAACCCCACACCCCUGCUGGUGGCAUUUGUCCACCUCUUCUGGCUGUUCUCUCUGCCUGGGAGUUUUCUCACUGCCGUCUACCACCAAUAGAGAAAUUAUUCUGAAGCCCCUCUCCAGUGUCCCCCACUUGGCUCAGAAGUCUACACCAGGUCGUGUUCUGUUCCUCCAAGCGACUGUCCCCUUCUUGACUUUUACCGCGUGUGUUCUCCGGCCCCACCCUGCCCCCCUCCGCCCUUACCCUCUGCCUGGUGUGUCUUUGCCUGAAUGCCCCAACUCCACCCCAUCCUGCAAGGGCUCAUCCGCCCGGUCUGUCUCAGUUCACAGGAAUCCACUCUCUGAGGGAGGCUCCAACACUGGGUAUGUGUGUCUCACAGCACAGCCCUUCACUCUUCUCUCAUGAUGUCCUAUAUGUCUCUUUCCCUCAGUCUAUAGUGGGCUUCUUAAGAACAGGCACAAUUCAUUCAGAAAUUUUUUUCCGCGUGUCCACUGUGUGCCAGGCACUAUGUUGAGUUCACUGUGGCAGGUGUAGUGUGGCCCUGCCCUCUGGUCCCUUACCUCCUUCCACAUUCUGUGGUUAUUUCUCACUGUGCCAGUAGGGACCUAUGCAUACAGUGUCCUUUUUCUGCUAGUUGAGAGAGGACCCAGGAGGGCCAGGGACUUGAGCCCGGGGCCUCUGUGUUCCCUGGAGCGAAUGUGUUCUUUUAGGCCUGGUCCCACCUUGGGGCCUCCGGACAGGCCUGGCUUCGCAGUGGGGGGAGGAGGCUGCAGAUUGCAGCAGGAAGCACAGCCAACUCUCUUGGGGAAUGUGACCCAAUGUCACCCCACGUUGGAGAAUAAGAGAAUAAUAGCUGGAGUUUUCAGAGUAGAAACACAGUCAUAUUCAGCAUCCCACCAACCUCUAGCAGUGAUUUGUCAUUUCGGAUCUUUGUCCAUUCUCAAGUUUUUGCCUUGGGCUGUUAUGAAUGGGGGGAUGCCUUGGGCCGUGUGAAUGCGAACUGUGUGAGCUCGUUGACUAAAGUGGUAGUAAUAAGAGUGGUGAUGAUUACUGGGGAAAAGUUAGCGAUGGGGGCAGCUUCCCUGCUCUCUGCAUUAUUGCUUUGUUCCCCAGUUUCUGCCCCCCCCCCCAGCCUGUGAGUGUACCCCUCUGUCAUAGUUUGCCUGCCCCCUCUCCAAGCAGGUUGCUUUUCUAAGCUCAUGGGUAAAUAUUGACCUACUUGGGUUUCAGAUGCCUGCCCCACGAAACUCCUGCUGGGCUAGAUAAACACACUGGGAAAACAUCUCUUGAGACUAAGAGCUGCUCUUGGAUAGGCUACAAUGCGAUGACCCGCUCAAUGAGUCCUUGCAAUGGUCAGCACUGUGCUGGCCCCCCCCAGGGCACCAGGAUGGGGGACAGACAGAGGCAGCCCUUCCCCCUGGGGCCUGUGGUCUAGCUGGGGAGAUAGGACUCAUGUACUGGGAAUGCUUGGAGGUUGUGUGCAAGACAGCUGCAAGGAUCCUGAAUGCGGAUUCUUGCCUGAGUAGGAGUGGCUCUCCGUGAACACUGGAUCCCUCCCCUUUCUCUGGUUUUAAGUGGAAUUCAGUCAAGUGCCAAAAUGUCUGCUGCAGACAAUGGGCAAUAUGGUCUGGCAGGAAAGGGAGCUUGGCUAGUGCUCUGUGGGGAGGAGAUGAGAACAGGGACGGGCUGUGGGGGAACUAGGCUGGGAGAAGGGAGUUGCUGUGGUUUGUUAAUCUGCUGGUAUUCAUCUCCCUGACAUGUCCCUGGACCUGCUCCUGGACUUCCAGUUUUUACUGGGCCCUAGAUCUCACACAGUUGCGUGUGUCCAAAGCCCAGUCCCUUUCUUGCUUGUGAUGCAUGCUCUCUUCCUCUCUCCUGUUCUCUCAGCCCCCCGCCACCUCCCCACUUGAACCCUGCAUCUGCCUUCCUCUGAAAUUACCUGGGUUCUUCUGUCUGGUGUGGUUGCUGCCCAAGCUGAGAAGUCUAAGAGCAGGGAAAGAGUUGGAACGGUGCCAGCGGCAGGCGGAUGAGGUGACGGAAAUCAUGCUCAACAACUUCGACAAGGUCCUGGAGCGCGAUGGAAAACUGGCAGAGCUGGAGCAGCGUUCUGACCAACUCCUGGACAUGAGCUCAGCCUUCAGCAAGACAACCAAGACCCUGGCCCAGAAGAAGAGCUGGGAGAACAUCCGAUGCCGGAUCUACUUGGGGCUGGUGGUGGGUGGCGGCCUGCUCGUCAUCCUGAUUGUGCUCCUGGCCAUCUUUCUCCCACAGAGCAGUGAGGGCAGCAGUGCCCCACAGGCCCAGGACGCAGGCGCUGCCUCAGGGCCUGGGGACUGACCCAGCUGGGCCUGAGGAGAGGCCGAUGGCCAUACUGGCUGGUUGUGGUCUCCAGAGAACCCUGGUGUUUGCUCCCACCUGAGCCACCCAACUGAGUGCUGAAGAGCAUCCCUGAUGUGUGCACCUUUGCAUUUCCUAUCACGCCACAGACUGGCCCUUGAGGGCAGCCUGCUGCACUGGUCAUGCCAGGCCAGCCCCACCUGGAGCUCAGUAAAAGCUGCUGUUUGGUUAAAAGCUGCUGUUUGGCUAAAA